AUGGCAAAAUCAAAGAAUCAUACAAGUCAUAAUCAAAAUAGAAAAGAUCACAGGAAUGGUAUUAAGAAACCGAAGAAACAUCGUUUCAUGUCCAUGAAAGGAGUUGACCAGAAGUUUCUGCGGAAUCUUCGAUUUGCUAAGAAGCAUAACAAGCGUCAUCAGCAUCAAAAGAAGGAAUCUAAAGCUUAA